AUGGCCACGAGUUUUGACCUUUCCUUUGGCGUCACUGAUGAGGUGAAAGACCUGAUAGACGUUGAUUCCCCCGACAUGUCACCGAUAGAACAACUGGAGAGAAAGGAGAAAGAGCAAGAACGUCUCAAGUCUCGGAUAAAGGGUGAAACUCUGCAGUUGCUGGACCUGUUGGAGACAGCAGCAGAUAAGCUGUUGGAUGAAACAUUACCGGGAGGAGAGGGUGCACACUUCGAGGCAGACGGUGUGUUCACGGCAGUGAGAAGGGGCAUCCCUGAUGUUGGGACCGUUCCUAUCGAUCGGGAUAUCGGCUUCAUCGACCUUACAAAGGAAGAUGGCCUUCCUGAGGAUGCCGGUAUAAUGGUUGUGGUGUUUGACAAUGAUCCUUUCGUGUGGAGUGAAGACGAUGCCGAAGUAUCCUCACCUGUAGUCAUGAUGACAAUCACCAAAGAUACCGAUGUCCAUGAGGGCCAGUCCCUCAAUGACAGUCCAAGUAUCACCGUUGGUCUGAAGUCUAUAGUGCAGUUUAGGACCAUGGAUGACACAGAAAAGCAGUAUCACGAGACCCUGCCGACAUCAUACAAGCAGAAACUCGAUGAUGCAAAGAAAUCAUUCCCGCUCACCAAGGUUCCCAGCCAUGACACCGACAUGAAGUAUCACGCGAUGUACAUUGCCGAUGGAGGCCAGGUGCCUCUGCUCCGAUUCUCAGUCGAUGACGUCGACACGGAGCUGCAGGUGUACGUCCGGAUUCACGACUUCCCAACUGAAGAAGAGUACGACUACACAACAACUGUCAAACCUCCUGACGUCACUGAUUAUGACGGCUUUGAGAUGCCGUACGGCUUAGUUUACUCCAACUUCACCUUUUCAUUCGUUCCGGAGGUACAAAGCGAAGACGGCUGGGUCAUAGUCGGGGUGAAGGACAAGGCUGUGUCAUCAGGUAGAGACACACCGGACAGUGGUUUCAGACGACUGCUGACGUCAGCGGAUCGAGGCUCCCAGACCACGCCCCCUCCGGGUCGCCAUGGCAACCCAUCAGGCUUCACCCUACAGACUGCUGCAGUCUCCUGUCUGAUGUGGGAAAUGGAAAAACAGAUCUGGAAUAACCACCGCUGCAAGAGCAACAUUUUUAUGAACAACAAAGUGGCCACCAGCUUUACUCUUGGACAAGCAGCAAAGCUGGACAAAUCAAACACCAGCAUGGCGGUUGUUCCCAAAGUGUCGACAAUCCCAUCAGAAGUUCCUGGUGCGGACUACGUCUACGUCGUGUCUGUCCGUACGGGAACCCAGCCUGAUGCCGGCACGGCGUCUGUGGUCGGGCUGAUGAUCACAGGGUCAGAGGGCAGGACGGCCAUGGUUACGCUCAACACCGCUGGUUUGAUCCUAGCCCGAGGUGGUGACACGUACCACAUCAUGACGACACCAGCCUCUAUCGGCGAGCUCCAGUCUGUACAGGUCUGGCACGACAGCUCCGGGAAGGGCGCCAUGGAGUCACUCUUCAUAGACAACAUCACAGUCUGGGAUGUACAGACAUCACAGGGAUUCCCUUUUCCAUGUUGCGCCUGGCUGUCUUUACACAAAGGAGACGGUAGGACAAUCAGGACGUUAAAGGUCGUGCCUGAAGGAGACAUGAGGAUAUCGGAGUAUUCCCUACCGACGUUUUCGUAUCUGCUAUAUGACGAACAUCUGCUCCUGUCAGUUAUGUGUAACUCCGGUGUGAGACACUUCAGCCGGGCGCAGCGCCUGGUCUGCUGCCUGACUCAGAUCACCCUGUGGAUGGUGGGCAGCGCCAUGUGGUACGGGGUCACAGUUGGUGCAGACGAUGUGGUUUUCCUUGACAUCGGCGUAUUCACCCUCCGUCUUUCGGAAUUGCUUGGUACUGCAGCGACGUCGUUCACGGUGUUCCUGCCAGUUUACAUCAUCCUUGUACCGAUGUUUCGUAAGCAGCUCCCUUUGGUAGAUCAGAUCCCUUCAGAUGUAUUGGAGACGCCGACAUCUCUGUCCACCCGCCGGUUUCCGUACAAGACGGUGGCGUGGAUCCUCGCCACCCUGACGUCUGUCAGCAGCAGCUUCUUCGUCAUCGUGUACAGUCUGCAGUUUGGAGCUGGGAGAAGCCAGGCCUGGCUGAAGGACUUCGUCCUGACAUUCCUGUUCUCUACAUUUUUACUGGAACCUGUUCAGAUCUUUCUGGCUGCCUGCACAAAGGCAGUCAUCAUCGCACCGAUGGUUUGCUCUGUGACAUCUUGUGUUCGAAAUGCUUUGGGGAUGAAAGCAGGGGAGAAACAGCCGUCCCCGAUCGGUAUUGUUCAAAAGAAUAACAAGGAUUAUGAUGUCCCUGAGCCGAGGGUUUUACCACCAGCCCCGAAGAAAACCGACCAUGACCCGAACUGGACGGAAAGGAUGGCUGCGGGUAGAAACAUCCUGGUUACCCUGAUGAUACUACUGAUCUUCACUGCGAAUGCCUUCUACAUCGGGGUUCUGGACUUCGACAGCCACACCUACCACGUCCGGACAUCGCUGGAGAACAGCCUGCUGUCCGGAUAUGAUGAGGUCACCACGGCAGACGACGCUUGGGAGUGGCUGUCGUCUGAACUGAUGCCGUCCCUUCAUCCAGAGCGUGGAUACAGCGGGAAGAAGCUGAGGUGGCUGGACAAACAGUUUCCGACAGGAACAAACGCAUUCCGGAUCGGUCCGGUUCGCCUGGAGAGAACCACCAUCUAUCCAGUGGACCUGCCACAGGAUGCUGGCCAGGCCGGUGCAGUGAUAGACCUCCUACAGCAGACCAACUGGAUCCUGAUGGUUUCCGAUACUCUCAUCCUCCGGGCCAACUUCUACCACCCUGACGUCAAGCUGUUCAGCACCGUGGUCAUCACCCUGCAGUACAUCCCAGGGGGCGCUGCUGAACUGCAGCCAAACAUCCAGACCUUCCGACUGUUCCAGUACGAGACAACAGACGACUUCGUCCAGAUGCUUUUCCACAUCCUGUUCCUCCUAUUCUUCAUUUACAACGCCCUUCGUGAAAUAGGCAAUAUCCGAAAGAACGGCCGUCUUUACUUCGGCAGCUUCUGGAACAUUUUGAUCCUGUGCAACAUUGGCUUGUCGACAGCCGUUAUUGUGACAUUCGGACUACGGUACAUCCGGGCAGCUGCUGCAUUGGGUGAUAUACAGCGCGUAAAAGAACUACACGGCAUUAAUGAGUUUGUGAACAUCAGUGCUGCCAGCCAAUGGGACACAACCUUCAAGUCGGUCCUGUCCUUCUCCAUCUUCAUAAGUACCUUCAGCAUCCUGCGGGUUCUCAACUUCUCCAGGAGUGUUGCUACUGUCUUUGCUUUGCCUCGUCUGAUAUACCGUGAGGCCUUUGGGUAUGCGGUGUACAUGCUGGUUAUCAUAGUGGCCUACGGCUUCUGCGGGAUACUGAUAUUCGGCAAACACAUGAAGAGCUUCUCCGCCUUUAAGGAAACAUCGUACGUGCUGUUUGAGAUGGGCCUGGGGAGGCCGUUCGUCGAUGUCUUUGCCGACGAUAUGAAGAGAGUGGAUCGUGUGAUGGGACCUCUGUACUUUUCUACAUUCGUCUUGGUCUUCAUCACAUACCUGAUGAAUCUAGGCGUCGGGAUGCUGUGUAACUGGCUGAGCUACUGUCAGACGUCAGACGACAUUGAGGUGGACACCGCGAUGGGAGAUUACUUCUGGAACUCCUUCAGGAGUCUUCUGGGCAUGCGCCAUGAGUCCCAAGUCUCUGACGAUGAGGCUCCACUUCCGGAAUACUUUAUGAAAGAGACCUUCCAGCGGACGGAUGCGGUACUGCAGGAGGUGGACAGGGUGACUGACUUGAUGUACAAGUUUGAGUGCAAGGAGCGAGGUUCCACGUCUACUGAUCCAUACGCUUAAAGUUUAACAAUUUGAUUUCAUAAGAGCUAUGAUAUGCGUUAUGUAUUUGAAUGAAUAAGAAAUGUAUAUAAAAAGGUUUUGCAAUACAAGUCACUUAUAUCUUACUUUUAAUAAAUUAUGGUUGUCUUUCAUCAAACGUGUUUGCUGAUGUUAGAUUACUAGUAGUCUUCUUUUAUUAUCAAUAAUAUAUUGCUCUGAAUAUCUGAAUACAUUACCUGGAUUUUACGCUAUUUUUCAAAUUGUAUUCUAACAUGACACAGCAAAUGUGUUUAUCAAGUAGUUUGAGGAUGGGUUCUGCCUAUAAUUGAGACAUAUAAAUGGCAAUAUUCGUUUAAAGUUGUGAUACAGUGUAAUGGUGCGAAGAAUAAGUCAUGUAAAUACUGUAUAACAAACUACCAUCAAUAAGUCUUGUGCAUUAUUUUAAGAAACUUUAAAUUUGCACGUCACAAUAUGAUAUCUAAAGAUUUGAAUAUGUCUAUACUUUUAUGAUACCAUGAUAUUUAAGACUCUUAAACUUUGGGAAUAAAACUAUUGUUACUCCA